UUGAAUUAGUGGUAAUUCAACUAAAUGCUAUUAACUUGUUGCAUUCGUGACAUUGUCAUUAGUAAAUUUGUACUUCAUAUUGUAUGCAGUGGAUAUGUGGAGGCUGCUAUAAAAAGCUAUAAGCAGGCGUUGCACCUCCGCCCAGAUUUCCCAGAGGCAACUUGUAACCUUCUUCACACGUUGCAGUGUGUCUGCAGUUGGGAGGACCGUCAUAAUAUGUUUUCUGAAGUUGAAGGGAUUAUCAGGAGACAGAUUAACAUGUCAGUUCUUCCUAGUGUCCAGCCAUUCCAUGCAAUAGCAUACCCGAUUGAUCCUUUGCUUGCACUUGAGAUUAGCCGUAAAUAUGCCGCCCAUUGCUCCAUAAUUGCAUCACGGUUUGCUCUUUCUCCCUUCAACCAUCUUGCUUCAGUUCCUGUUAAGCAGGAAGGUGGAAGUGAGAGACUAAGGGUUGGGUAUGUGAGCAGCGACUUUGGUAAUCACCCCUUGUCGCAUCUCAUGGGAUCUGUGUUUGGGAUGCAUGAUAGAGAAAACGUUGAGGUGUUUUGUUAUGCCUUGAGUCCAAAUGAUGGUACGGAAUGGAGACAACGUAUUCAGUCUGAAGCUGAGCAUUUUAUAGAGGUCUCUGCCAUGUCAUCUGAUAUGAUUGCUAAACUUAUUAAUGAAGAUAAGAUACAGAUCCUUGUCAAUCUUAAUGGUUACACCAAGGGAGCACGAAAUGAAAUAUUUGCUAUGCAGCCUGCUCCUAUUCAGGUUUCAUACAUGGGAUUUCCUGGAACAACCGGGACAACUUACAUUGAUUACUUGGUCACUGACGAGUUUGUUUCACCAAUUCGCUUGGCACAUAUUUAUUCUGAAAAGCUUGUCCAUGUCCCUCAUUGUUAUUUUGUGAAUGAUUAUAAGCAGAAAAAUUUGGAUGUCUUGGACCCAACUUACCAGCAAAAGCGAGCUGAUUAUGGACUCCCUGAAGAUAAAUUUAUAUUUGCAUGCUUUAAUCAGCUGCAUAAAAUGGACCCUGAAAUUUUUAAUGCCUGGUGCAAUAUCCUUAAACGUGUACCAAACAGUGCACUUUGGCUUCUGAGGUUCCCAGCUGCCGGUGAAAUGAGAGUCCGCGCAUAUGCUGCUGCACAGGGUGUGCAGCCAGAUCAGAUAAUCUUCACAGAUGUUGCAAUGAAACGAGAGCAUAUCAAACGUAGUGCUUUAGCUGAUUUAUUCCUCGACACGCCUUUAUGCAAUGCGUAUACUACGGGUACUGAUGUUUUAUGGGCUGGUCUACCAAUUGUGACAGUGCCCCUUGAGAAAAUGGCUACAAGGCUUGCCGGAUCCCUUUGUCUUGCCACUGGAUUGGGAGAGGAGAUGAUUGUUAGCAGCAUAAAGGAGUAUGAAGAGAAGGCAGUGUCUUUGGCAUUAAACCGGCAAAAGCUUCAGGCUCUUACCAAUAAACUCAAGGCAGCUCGCAUGACUUGCCCUCUGUUUGACACGACACGCUGGGUGAGGAAUCUUGAAAUGGCAUAUUUCAAAAUGUGGAAUCUUCAUUGUUCAGGAGAGAAGCCCCAGCACUUCAAAGUUACCGAGGAUGAUAUGGACUUCCCCUAUGAUAGAUAAAAAUAUGAAGUGUGGGGGGAAGAGUCGGGAUUUGUAC